AUGACUUCUUCGAAGAAGAUUGUUACACUCGUCUCCGCAGAGGGUGUUUCCUGUACAGUAAAUAGAGAUGUAAUUUGCAUGAGCAACGUCAUAAAAAACAUUUUAACCGAUAUUGAUGAUGAUAACGAGCCCAUACCGCUGCCGAAUAUAAAAACGAACGUUUUGAAUAAAAUAAUCGAAUAUUGCAAGCAUCAUUACAACAAUCCCCCGACUCAAAUUCCGCAGCCGUUAAAGUCAUCCCAGCUUAACGAGGUGGUCUCAGAAUGGGAUUAUGAAUUUGUGAACGUAGAUAAGGAGUUUUUAUUCGAACUGAUACUCGCAGAGAACUUUUUGGACAUUAAGCCGCUGUUAGACUUAACCUGUGCAAAAGUGGCAUCGAUGAUAAAGGGGAAAACGCCGGAACAGAUUAGACGCGAAUUUGAUAUAAUAAACGAUUUUACACCCGAAGAGGAGGCUAAAGUAACAAUACGCUACUUAGUUAGAUACGAACUGUGA